AUGGUGGCCAUCCGCCCCCUCUUCGGCUCUCGCGCCAGCGUAGAAAACGUAAAGGACAGCUUCGGCACCACCGUCGAACUCGUCAAGUCGAGCGAGAGCCAGCACGGCACACCUUCUACCUCGGACCCACCACACCUAGACGCUCGGCAUUCAGACGAGAAGCCCGCGCCUCCCGUCGCCAACGCACUCGAACACGGUCAAAAGCAGUCCCUUGCUGGCUUCUUAAACGGCGCCGCCCUCGUCUCGGCAAAAGACGACCAUUCCAAGCCCGAGGACCACCAUCAUGAUCACGAUCUCAGCUACGACUCCGAGCCGAGCGCCCCUGCCACCUCCAACGACGACGAUGCAGUCGCCUGGAAACACUCCGCCCAACAGGCCGAAUCCUCCGACCAGCACGAAUCCGCACGCGCACGCUCCAGGUUCGGCCGCAGCCUCAAGCGUCUAGACGCCAAGGUCCGCACCACCUUCCACAACAAUGCCCCUCCCACCGCCGCCGACGUGCGCAGCCCCUACUCGAUCGGCAACGACGACCAUCUCGCCACCCACAACAAUCGUGGCGCCGCAGACCUCCUCAACGACGCCAGUCUAGAGACCUUGCAGCAUCUCUCCGACGACGACGACGACUCAGAUGAGGAUGCAGACGUAGAAGACGACGACGACCACGCCGCUCCACACGCCGCUCAAUCUGGAUCCCACCCGGACCCUGUCAAGCUCGACAACAAUCGACAGGCCCUCGACCGCAUAGAGAACAACGCAGAGCAGCUUCGCACCGGAUCCAUGAAGGAUGCUCAAGUCGGCGACAUCGUCCGCAUCGAAGCUCCCGUGCGCUUCUCCGACGAAGAAAAGCUAAAGGCGAUCAUCGACGAGUUUGGCGAAUGCCCCUCCCUUUCCCACCCUAACGAGCCAGAGAAGCUCAUCGCAGACAUCACCGGCGUCCUCGUCAAGACCGUACUGAUCAAGGGCAACAUCUUCCUCACCAGCCGUCGCAUCUGCUUCCUCGCCUACAUCCCCACCACCAAAGCCGAACAGCCCGACCCUUUCGCCGCUGCAGCUGAUCAGGUCGACCACGCUGCCGGCGCCGACCGCGCACGCCUCAAUGCUCCAAUCGACCCCAACGUUCGCAACCCCAUCCUCAAGUCCGGCCCCGCCAUCAUUCACCGGCCGGGCAAGUUGCGUCCCAAGCGAAAAGUCUGGAUCGAGCUCCGCAGGCACUCCUUCAACGCCUACAGGGCCAGCAACAAGCUCUACAAGCCCCUCAUGUCCGCCCGCCUCUCCAACCUCUUGGCCGUGCUGCCCAUCGACUGGUCCGAACCCCACGUCAUCCGCUUCGUCGAGGGUCAAAAGUACAGCGCCAUCGAGUUCAAGACCCAGGAGGCUGCGCUCGACUGGCGCAAGGAGCUCGAAGGCGCCGUCUUUCACUCGCGCAACACCGCCGACAGGGUUCGCAUCAGCAUCCCUCUCGAACGCAUCGUCGGCCUCGACACCGCCGACUUCCUCCAGGUCGCCAAAAUCGUCCACAUCGACGUGCUCGCCGGAUCCGUCGACGAGGCCAGCGCUGCCGCCGCCGUGCAGGAGCAUCGCGACCGCACCGCACGCCACCAGCUCGACCACAGCUGGUCCUCGGGCAACAUGUACAUCAACUGCCCCAAGAAUCCCGGAUUCAAGUGCCACAUCACCCAGAUCGCCCUGGCCUUCACCGUCAAGCGCCUGCCCUUCAUCGAUCUGCUCCAGGAAGCCCUCAAGUCUCGCAAAAAGAUGCAGGGCAACGUCGGAUUCGAACAGGUCCUUCGUCUCGUCCCCACUCCCUUGCUCGAUCUCGAAUCCGAUCCCGAUGCGGACGACAACACGAGCGACGCCAACGAGUCCUCCGAAUCCCAGAAACGCUCGCUCGCCGAAAAAUUCUGCCACUCGUUUGGCCUGCCCUCGCGUCCCGACGAGCUCAAGCUGGUCAAGGCGCAGCUCGUCCGCACGCUUCUCACACACGGCACGCUCGCCAUCGGCCUCGAGUAUCUGCUCUUUUGGCGUAGAGCCGUCGGCCGCGACCUCAAAGUCAAGGUGCCCCUCAACGACAUUCAGGGCGUCGACACGUACCAUUCGAUCCUCUGGCACCACUACGGACUCGUCAUCCACAUCACCGCUCACUCGGACAUGUUUUUCGAUUUCCAUACAAAGGACAACCGCGACAUGGUGCUUGCCACCCUUAAGCGCGUCAUCGAGGCCAAGGAAAAGCAUAAGAGGGACGCAGAUUCGCAGAGCAUCGCUCGCUCCAUCACCGCGGCCACCGACGACAGCCACGCCACCAAGGUCGAUCCCACCUCGCCUACCGCAUCCAUCGGUCCCGAGGCCGCCAAGACGGACGCCAAGGCAGCGCUUUUCCAUGCUUCCGAGACCGAGGUGCCCGUGUUUGAGCCCGACAUGCUCGCCUACCUGCCCAAGAUGGUCAAUGUCGACAGCAAGCUCAUCCGCAACUCGCUCCGCAUCUCGCCCAUGCGCAUCUACUGUCUCACCAUCGGCUCGCGAGGUGACGUGCAGCCGUACAUUGCGCUGUGCAAGGCGCUCAAGCAGCACGGUCACACGCCCGUCAUCGUGUCGCAUCCCGAGUAUCGUGGCUGGGUCGAGGGGCAUGGCAUCGAGUACCGCGGUGUGGGUGGCGACCCUGCUGCGCUGAUGAAGCUCAGCGUAGAGCACCGCAUCUUCUCGCCCGCCUUCUUCCGCGAGAGCAUCGGCAAGUUCCGCGUGUGGCUCGACGAGCUGCUGCGAGAGUGCUGGGAGGAGUGCCAGGGCGCCGACCUGCUCAUCGAGAGUCCGCCGACCAUGGCGGGCAUCCACGUGGCCGAGGGUCUGGGCAUCCCCUACUUCCGCGCGUUCACCAUGCCGUGGACCAAGACGUCGGCGUAUCCGCAGGCGUUUAGCGUGCCGGCCAUCGAGAUGGGCCCUUCGUAUAACUCGUCGUCGUAUGCGCUGUUCGACCAGAUCCUGUGGGUGGCCACGAGCGGCCAGAUCAACCGCUGGCGCAAGCACAUGGUGGGCAUCGGCCCCACGGACUGGUCCAAGCUCGACACGGAUGCGGUGCCGUUCAUCUACAACUUUUCGCCCGCGGUGGUGCCGAUGCCCAACGACUGGGGCGACCGCGUCAAGAUCUCGGGCUACUGGUUCCUGGACAAUCCGGACAACGACUGGAAGCCGCCGCCGGAGCUGGCGGAGUUUUUGGCGCGCGCCAAGAAGGACGGCAAGAAGAUCGCCUACAUUGGGUUUGGCUCCAUCACCAUCGAGAAUGCCGAGGAGGUGUCGGCGAACAUUAUGAAGGCGGUGCGGCAGGCGGACGUGCGUGCCAUCGUGGCCAAGGGCUGGAGUGGACGCGGAGGAUCCAAGAAGAAGAAGAAGCCCAACAAGCAUGCGCCGCAGGCACCGCAGCAGUACGACGAGAGCGCACAUGCGGACUCGGAGCACGAGCACGAGCACGAGAGCGAGGCCGAGAUCGAGAUUCCGGACGACGUGUUUGUGGUCGACUCGAUCCCGCACGACUGGCUCUUCCCGCAGAUCGACAUUGCCAUGCACCACGGCGGCGCCGGCACGACGGGUGCGUCGCUGCGCGCCGGAUUGGUGACGCUCAUCAAGCCGUUCUUUGGCGACCAGUUCUUCUGGGCCAACCGCGUGCAGAAGCUCGGUGCGGGCGCGCGCGUCAACGGGCUGGGCGUGAACGACUUUACGGAUGCGCUCAAGGCUGCAGCGUUGGACCGCGUCAUGGUGGAGAAGGCGCAGGGUGUGGGCGAAAAGAUUCGCACCGAGGACGGUGUUGCUACGGCGAUCGAGUUUCUGUACAAGAACAUUCCGCUUGCCAACCGGCGCACGCAGCGCAAGCUCGAGCGCGAGGCGACGCAUUCGACGUCGCCUGCGGGCACGCCUGGAUCGAGCGUGUUUGCCAAUCCGCUCGCACGCUUUUCGUCGCACGGUCGACAGUCGAGUGGCAGCAGUCGAUCCGAGCUACUGUCAUGUGGGCGCAAAGAGCCGCAUCGUGCAGCGACGUUGCCCACGUCGGCGGAAGAGUCGGAUGGAGCUGGUGCGGUUCCGCAUCGGGCCUCGACGAUCGUCGAAUCGCCUGCGCAGGAGUCGGAGGCAUCCACGCCGCCUGCCAAGUCGGGUACGUCGUCGGCGUCGAUCUUGCCGUCGCUGUCGUCGCUGCAGUCGCUACCGGCUUCGAUGGCGUCGACGCUCAAGGAGAUGGUGACGCUGCAGUCGAGUACGAGCGAUACCACGGCGGAUGGCGACGAGGCCGGGCAGGGGGGUGUGCCGACGAGGAGCCAGACUACGCCAGUGCGCACGCCCAGUGCCGACGAGAACGAGGAACAGCGACUGGCGCGCUUGAAGGGGUAUAAGAACGCCAAGGCCGAGGAUCAGAGACGACGCAAGCUGUUGCUCGAGCGUCUUGAGCGCGAGAAGCGCGCCAAGGAGCAGGGCGGCCACGCUCAGAACGCAAGCACCCAGUCAAAGGAAGCGUCGGAAGCGACCCAGGCGACUUAA